GUCCUCGCGGUGACUGACUUCAUAUGAUCCGCUGAAUGUACAUGAUUUAUUCAUUCGUUUACACCCUGUGUGCAUCAAACAGAAGACCUGAAGGAUGGUGUUAGUUCACGUCGGAUAUUUGGUUCUUCCUGUCUUUGGCUCAGUGAGAAAUAGAGGAUCUCAUUUUAACAGGCAUCAGCACAGUCAUGCUACCUCUUGCCGGCAUUUCCACGUAGGCCCGCAGGCCCAGAUCCCUGUUGAUUUCCCAAUGCCCCAUCCAGGACAAUCUCAGACGGGAAUGAGCCAUCACCUGGGCCCCGCGCACCAGCCCACCGCGGCGCUACACCCCUCCCUCAACCACAUACCAGCGCCACCCUUUCAGGACAUCCCGGCCCCACCCUUCCUACCUCAGGCUUUACACCAGCAAUACCUCAUCCAGCAGCAGAUCCUGGAGGCGCAGCACCGGCGGAUACUUCCACAGCCCAGACAUGCUCCAGACAGAACCCUUCCCCAUCCACAGACGCUGCGGCCGCCGUAUGAAUAUCCUCCAUCCAUUCACAUUCCCCCACCGGUACCACAGCAGCCACGCUACCUUGCAGAAGGAACAGACUGGGAUCUGAGUGUGGAUCCAGGCCUGCCGCAGUAUCACAUCUCUCCUCUCACUCAACACUAUCAGCAUUACCUGACCUCUCCACGGCUGCAUCACUUCCCCAGAAACACCACCUCCGCACAAGUGGUGGUCCAUGAGAUCAGAAAUUAUCCAUAUCCUCAGUUACACCUGCUGGCUCUUCAAAGCCUCAGUCCAUCUCGGCACGCGACGGCAGUGCGGGAGAGUUACGAGGAGCUCCUGCAGUUGGAGGACAGACUGGGAAAUGUGAACAGAGGCGCCGUGCAGGCCACCAUCGAGAGGUUUACCUUUCCUCACAAGUAUAAAAAGAGAAGACCUCUGGAGCUGAAGAUCGGCAUGGAUGAAGAGGAGCUGGACACGGAUGAAAAAUGCACAAUAUGUCUCUCAAUGCUUGAAGAUGAAGAGGACGUCAGGAGAUUACCCUGCAUGCACCUCUUCCAUCAGGCUUGCGUUGACCAAUGGCUGGCGACCAACAAGAAGUGUCCCAUCUGCAGGGUAGACAUUGAGACGCAGCUGUCGCCCGAUAGCUGAUGUCUGGUGUAGCACUAGCUGAAGUCGUCUUUCUUCGCCCCCUCUUGAGGGCACUUUGCCAAAUGUGUGUCAUCUCCAUCACCUCUCACCUCUGACCUUUGCCUUCUGAGCCAACAGACGAUGUAGAACAGCGAAGACGAGAAGCACUGAGGACGGUCUCUGAACGUGUAUCUCGAAUAAACGUUCUCCGAAUGUUCGACAUAUUACACGUGGUUGGUUGUGCACUGCAAAAUAAUGCUCAUUUAGAGUUCUUGUCCUGCUUCUAGUCCAAAUAUUUGAGGAUUCCUAAAUCAGUGAGCAUAACAAAUUCACUUUCU